UCAUCUGUCAACCCGCUGCAUUCGGCCGUAGAAGAAGACAUUUCGAUAUUACUAGAAUGUAUUAGAAAUAUAUCCAGUUUCUGUGCUGGAGUGAUUGUAGUAAUAGUUGUUAUUGAAUCUGAUGUGCGUUUGUACGGUGCCGAGCAGCUGUUUGGAUGUGAGGCCGCUGAGGCGAGCAGUAUGUCGGUGCAUUUUGAGGAGAGGAGCGGCGUGAUCCUGUGUAAAACAGCAUGGGGCUCCUGGUACCAGACUAUGGAAGAGGUUUUCAUCGAAGUCAAUGUUCCUCCUGGAACUUCAGCCAGAGAGAUCAAGUGUAACAUCGGGAGCAAACAGAUUGAGCUGCGUGUAAAAGACCAGCAGAUCUUCAAGGGGAAGCUGUUUGGAUCCACAGUCGGCGAUGAAGCGACGUGGACGUUAGAGGACAAAAAGUUGAUCCGGAUCGUUCUCAUGAAGUCAAACCGGGAGGCUGGGAACUGCUGGCAGUCUCUGCUGGAGGGCGAGUACGCGGCGGAUCCAUGGGUGCAAGAUCAAAUGCAGAGGAAGCUGACGCUGGAGAGGUUUCAGAGAGAGAACCCUGGAUUUGACUUCAGCGGAGCGGAGAUCUCUGGAAACUUUCACGGUGGUGGACCGGAUUUCUCCAGCUUGCAAAAAUAAGGACUGCUUUCAUUCCUGUACUUGAUGUAGUCUCACUAAAUUGCAACAGUAUUUUGUUUCUGGAGAAUAUAUUCUCUGCAUUUCUUCCUCUGGAGACUUGAGUUUCAGAUAGGAAGCGUAUCGCAGCAAGUCUGGCUAUUGCUGUAAAGCCAUAAUAUAUCACAAGCAGCCUUUGAGUCGAGUCUUCAUGGUGGUUUUAAUUUACAAAUGCCAAGUUUCUUUUUUGUAAUCGCCACCACAGUGGUUUUAGAAGACUGUUUGCUCAGCUUCUCCUUUGAAUUUCAAUAAAUCGUGUAAUUCCAGCACUUCUAUUAAAUGCCUCUUCUCAAACAGCACAAACGAGCACAAGUUUUACAUUUCAAUAAGCUUUUAUUGAAAGGUUCAACUACAUAAUUUUGCAGAACGCUGCUCUCAACUUUCACAUUACAACCAAAACAGAGAGAGCCUCAA